AGGGGUACAGAUUUGGGCCCUCCAUUUGUUUCUCAGCCAGGCCUGCAAACAUUCAUUUGGGCUUGGACCCAUUACCCGUCCUUAUCCUCUUUCCCCUUUUUUGCUCUCUUUUCUGUUUCACUUUGGAUUGUCCUUGUUGUUGAAGUGCUCGGCUGUCGUCCUCCGCUCUCUGUCAUGGCUUCCUCUCCAAAACAAGUGGGAGAGCAGAGGGCAAGGAGUUUUGACUUUGAAGCCAAGAGGAUGUGCUGGGCGAAGGCCGAAACUGUACCCAGUCGACAUCCUGAACGCUGGCGGAAAGAUUCCGCUGGAAACAUUGUCUGCAAACGCCUCUUCAAUUGUCAAGGAUGUCUUUGCUUUGAGUAUGACCACAUUAUUCCCUUCUCCAAAGGGGGUGAGUCCAUAGCAGAGAAUUGCCAGAUCCUUCAGACAAGGGUAAACAGGCUCAAAUCCAACAAGGAUGAGAUUGAUAUUAGUCGAUUAAAAAGCUACUCCUGUGAUAUCAAGUUCACUGAUAAGGAGCUAGAUCUAAUUGAAAUGGCUGUUUAUGGGGAUGUUAUCCGACCUGGAAAGCAAUGUCGUUGUAGAACUGUUGCUGAAGUUCUAGGACAAUAUAAGUCAAAGGACGGGGCUGCUCCCUGCAAGUUACCAUAUGCUGAUGAAUCCUUGUAGCAGGAUGUUAAGGGAGCCAUACAUUUCUCAGUUCUAUUUAUUGCGCAAGCUAUUAAAUAUUGUUGUAGUUCAAUGGCUUCAAUUGAAGUUAAACUUUUUAUGUAGCUCAACAGCUGUUUGAAUGAAUUCUCCUUUGUGAA